AUGCCAGACAAGCAGCUACUCACGGCCGACUCAAUAAAGUCCGACUCGCCAAUCUUAACAUCAACCCCAGACCAAUCAAAACCCCAAAAGGAAAAAGCAGUCCAACCAGAGCCCUCAGCUCUGACCAAAAAAUAUCUUCACCGCAUAUCCCUACACCCAACGCUAACCCCUUACCGCCGGCGCGUGUACCGCACGCUCCUUUCCGUCCCGCCAGGCCGGUGGACCACGUACUCGGCGAUGGCGACGUACCUGGGCUCCAGCGCGCGUGCGGUAGGUAAUGCAAUGCGGAGUAACCCCUUUGCGCCGGAGGUGCCGUGUCACCGUGUGCUUGCGGCUAAUGGGUCCUUGGGUGGGUAUAAAGGGGAGUGGAAGGUUGAUGGGCAUAAGGCUGGCGGUGGAUUUUGUGAGGAGAAGCGGCUGAGGCUUGAAGAGGAAGGUGUUGUUUUUGUUGAUGGGAAGGUGAGGGGUGUUUGUUUUAAGGAGUUUGUGGAUUUAGGGGUUAGGUGA